GAUUUUAGAAAGAGAGAUAGUGUCUUUUUUUAGAGAGAGAGGGGUUUUUUGUUUUUGUGUUGUGAGGCCUAAUUGGAUUUUUGUGGAAACAAGGUUAGACCCACUUCAAAGGGCAGUUCAAGUGCCACAAAGUUCAAGCCUUUAAGUUCUGAUCCUCCUCUUCUGUGGCAGUGACGACGGUAAUAGCAGUUAAUGGUGCUUAAGCUCUAACCUGCAACAAGGGUGCGUAGGAUAAGCAGAGAGAGGAGGACAGAUUGAACAUUGUGGUCUCGGGAGGAAGGUGGGGGUUCACGUUGUAGCAUGGGAAGGAUGAAAAGAGUGUUGCUAGCUUUUCUAUGGCUGUCUGGUUUGAUCUCGCUAUCUUGUGCCGCUAGGCUAAGUGCUUCAAGGCAGAAGCUUGAAGUUCAAAAGCACUUGAAACGCUUGAACAAACCUGCUGUUAAGAGCAUAGAGAGUCCAGAUGGGGAUAUCAUAGACUGUGUUCACAUGGCUCACCAGCCUGCAUUUGAUCAUCCUUUCCUCAAAGACCAUAAGAUUCAGAUGAGACCUAGUUAUCACCCUGAAGGACUCUUUGAUGAGAACAAGGUCUCUGAGAAACCCAAAGAAAGAACAAACUCCAUCACUCAGCUGUGGCACUUGAAUGGUAAAUGCCCUGAAGGAACCAUACCCAUCAGAAGAACUAAACAGGAAGAUGUUCUGAGGGCAAGCUCAGUGAAAAGAUAUGGUAGGAAGAAGCACAGAGCCAUCCCUAAGCCUAGGUCUGCAGAUCCUGACCUCGUCAAUGAAAGUGGUCAUCAGCAUGCAAUAGCUUAUGUGGAAGGAGACAAAUAUUAUGGUGCAAAGGCAACCAUAAACGUUUGGGAACCCAAAAUACAGCAGCCCAAUGAGUUCAGUUUGUCUCAGCUGUGGAUUCUAGGAGGUUCUUUUGGUGAAGAUCUCAACAGCAUUGAAGCUGGUUGGCAGGUCAGCCCAGAUCUAUAUGGAGAUAACAACACAAGGCUGUUCACCUACUGGACUAGUGAUGCAUAUCAAGCAACGGGCUGCUAUAAUCUCCUAUGCUCAGGCUUCAUUCAGAUUAACAGUGAAAUAGCCAUGGGAGCAAGCAUAUCUCCUGUUUCUGCCUAUCGUAAUUCCCAAUACGAUAUCAGUAUUCUUGUUUGGAAGGAUCCAAAAGAGGGGCACUGGUGGAUGCAAUUUGGUAAUGACUAUGUGUUGGGUUAUUGGCCAUCAUUCUUAUUCUCAUACUUGGCGGACAGUGCUUCCAUGAUCGAGUGGGGAGGCGAGGUAGUGAAUUCAGAACCAGAUGGUCAUCACACUUCCACCCAAAUGGGCAGUGGCCAUUUCCCUGAAGAAGGCUUUGGCAAAUCAAGUUACUUUAGGAAUAUUCAGGUUGUUGAUGGCUCUAAUAAUCUCAAGGCUCCCAAAGGGCUUGGCACCUUCACCGAACAGUCAAACUGCUAUGAUGUCCAAAUAGGAAGCAACGGAGAUUGGGGCCAUUACUUUUACUAUGGGGGCCCUGGUAAAAAUGCAAACUGCCCUUGAAGAAGGAAAAAAGAACACCAUUUAACCCUUGUUUCUCCCAUCCCAUGUAUUAUUCAACCUAGUCUAAUGCCCUUUCUCUCCCUUUUGUAUACCUAUAGUAGGUUUGGGUUAGUAUUAGCAACAUGUGACCUCUUUUGGUGGGAAGUUUUGACCCUCUCACUUUCUUUUUUACUUGUGGAAAGAUCCUCCAUGUAAGUGGUUGGGGUUGUGGCUAAAGUUUCUUAAAGCCUAAAGAAACAGGCCUUUGUCACUCUGUAUUCUAUUUGUUUGUUUGCUCCCUUCUUGGAGUGGCUUGUUAAUGAAUGGAUGAAUCUCUU